AUGUCUAGUUUUGAAACGAAGUAUCAGGCCGGUGAGAAGUAUGGGGAUGACGACAAGGAUACUAAUAUCUUUGCUGAUCCAUUGAAGCUUGCAAACGACAUCUUGAAGGAUUGCAGUGGCAUUCGGAAAGAGGCGUCUCCAAAGCAGAUCGCUAGCCUUCUCCAGGAGUUAGUGUCAAAGGGACCUCUUGAUGACAAAAAGGGAAACACCGAGCUGUUAAUCGGCAUCCUUACCUCUCUUCCCUCCGACUCAGACAUCAGAACCCAGCUCACCAACAAGCUCAUCGACACCCUUUGGGAUAAUCUUCAACAUCCACCUCUAAGCUACCUCGGCGGCGAUGUCAAGUAUGAGGUUGUCAACCCGCAAGAGUCACAGAAACCCGACCCCAAGACUUAUGACUCUAUUGAGUUUAAGGUGCCAGACAGCGAUGUCACCCUGCGCGAACAUGUCCCCCAAGCACCCGAUGGCCUUCACCACUACCGGACGCCUGAUGGAAGCUAUAACAAUCCAAUCCAACCAAACCUAGGAAGGGCCGGUGCCCCUUAUGCUAAGACAGUUAGGAACACCAAACGUCUUCACGGUGUCAAGCCUGAUCCGGGUCUGCUAUUCGACCUAUUGAUGGCUCGCGAUGAUCAGCAUUUCAUAGAGAACCCAGCUGGCAUCUCAGCCAUGUUCUUCUACCAUGCGUCCAUAAUCAUCCACGACAUUUUCCGUACGAAUCGCACAGACCCUAACAGGUCCGACACGUCGUCGUAUCUUGACCUAGCCCCGUUAUAUGGCUCGUCCCUCAAGGAUCAAUUGGAGAUCCGUACCAUGAAAGGGGGUAAGCUAAAGCCCGACACCUUCCAUGAGAAACGUCUACUCGGGCAGCCCGCGGGAGUCAACGUCAUGCUAGUCCUCUACAGCCGCUACCAUAACUACGUCUGCGAUAUCUUGCUGCAGAUCAAUGAGAAUGGUCGGUUCACACUUGAAUGUGAUGGAAAGGAUGGAGCUACUCCAGAGGAGAAGGCCCGAGCUGUUGCUCGACAAGACCACGAUCUCUUCAACGUAGCUCGUUUAGUCGUCGGCGGGUUGUACGUCAACAUAUCCCUACACGACUACCUCCGCGCUAUCACAAACACACAUCACUCUAGCAGCGACUGGACCUUAGACCCUCGUGUCGAAAUCAAAGCAUUCGACGGCGAAGGCGCUCCACGUGGCGUCGGUAACCAAGUCAGCGCAGAGUUCAACUUGCUGUACAGGUUCCAUUCGUGCAUCUCUAAGAAAGACGAGCGCUGGAUGAACGACUUCUUUUAUAGCCUCUUCGACAAAGGAGAAGUAAAGGACCUAUCGACCGUUAGUUUAGAAGAUUUCGGCCUAGCCUUGCUCAGAUUUGAGCAGAGGAUUGAUAAGGAUCCUAGUAAGCGCACGUUUGACGGUCUGAAGCGCCAGGAUGACGGCACGUUCAAGAACGAGGAUCUUGUACGCAUUCUUAAGGAGGGGAUGGAGGACCCUGCCGGCGUGUUCGGUGCCCGUACUAUCCCGAAGGCGCUUAAGAUCAUCGAGGUUUUGGGUAUCAACCAGGCCCGUAAGUGGCAGGUUGCAUCGUUGAACGAGUUCCGGGAUUUCUUUGGACUUAAGAGAUACGAAAAGUUCACCGACAUCAACUCGGAACCAGAGAUCGCCAAAAUCCUUGAGAAACUGUACACUGACCCCGACAUGGUAGAGCUCUACCCGGGUCUGAUGAUCGAAGAUGCCAAACCAAUCCGGAACGCAGGAUGUGGAAUCUCACCCACCUACUCAGUUGGCCGAGCCGUUCUGUCUGACGCUGUCACACUCGUGCGAUCAGAUAGGUUCAAUACUCUCGAUUACACAGUUUCAAACCUGACAAGCUGGGGUUACAACGAGGUACAGUCCGACAACAAGACCCUAGGCGGGUCGAUGCUGUACAAGCUCAUUCAACGCGGUGUUCCCGGCUGGUUCCCCUUUAAUUCGGUAGCCGUGAUGCAGCCAAUGUACACCAAGAAGGCAAACGAGAAUAUCGCCAAAGAGCUUGGGACCAUAGACCAGUACACUCUCGAUGACCCGGCGGCCCCAAGAAAGACCGUCGUGAUCAUGACUAGUGAGGCCAUCAAACAGGCGCUCGGUCAACCCAAGCAAUAUGUAGUACCCUGGCUUCAACCCUUAAACAUCUUAUUCCCAGGCAAGAAAGAUUUUGGCUGGUACAUGUUAGCAGGUGAUGAGCAGCGUAACUUUGACGAUCGCACCGUCGCGCUGAAUGCGAUCAAGAAGAUCCCGAACCUGCAAACCGCAAUCAAGGAGUUCGUGCAGCGCGUCGGCUUUCAGCUAAUCGAGAAGGAGAGAUUCGAGCUUAAGGAAGGGUUGGAUCAAAUCGAUCUGAUCCGCGACGUUGCUAUCCCGUUGAACACGCAACUUCUCGCCGACCUGUUCUAUUUCGAUCUACGCACGGAUGAGAACCCGAGUGGAACGCUCGGAGUCGCCGAAUUGUACGGGCAGCUUCUCGACAUUCGUACAUGGGGCGUGAACAAUACUGAUCCGGCGCAAUCCUGGAACCGCCGCCGUCGCGCGCAGGAGGGAGCUAAGGCGGUCAUUGAGUCGACACGCAAGCUGGUUGAUGAGGUAGCCCAUAGUCACGGCACCCUAUUCAGCCUAGGCUCUAAUGUAGUCAAUGACUUCUCCCGGAAGCGUAGUCUCAAGGAGGGCUCGCUACGCUCUUGCGGCUACAAGUUCGUCCAUGAGCUGCUAGAACAAGGUUACUCGGCCGAGAAAGUCACCGACUCCUUGUGGCUCAAUGCCUUCGGCGGCAUCGGCGUCCCAGUUACUGCGUACUACGAAGUCAUGGAGUUCUUCCUCCGCAAGGAGAAUGAGCAUAUCUGGAGUGAGGUCCAGACACUCGCUAAGAACAACGACGACGCGGGUAUCUAUGCCUACGUAGUCGAGGCUCAGCGUCUCACCAGCACGCAGCGCAACAUGAGAGUCGCAACGCAGCCGGCUACGCUCGAAGGAAAGACGAUCGAGCCAGGCAAUCUCGUGGUUAUGUUGCUCGGCGAGGCCGGACGUAACCCAGCGGAGGUCCCCAACGCCCACGACUUUGACCCGCACCGUCAAACAGAUUCGGUCACAUCUUUCAGCUACGGCCAGCACGAAUGCCUUGCUAAGGAGAUAGCACGAUCCUUCAUCACCGGAAUGGUGAAGCUUGCGGCCGAUCUCAAGGAACUGCGUCCCGCACCGGGCGAGAUGGGUAAGGUGAAGACGAUCAAGGUGGGCACCGAGACAACCUACCUCAACGACAGUUGGUCCUACCUCUGCUUCGAAGCUAGUACCUGGAAACUUCAUUUCAACGGCCGAGGACUGGGUAAUUACCAGGGCCAGGAGCAGCCGAGCACGACUCCGGGUUUGCUCCAGUAUUACCACACGAUCCAGAAGCGCAAGGCUGAUUUAUUGAAAUCUUCUUGAACCUCUGGUCUUGGCUGAGCAUGGAAUAGGUUUAUAGUUGAGGGAACUGAGUUCGUUUAAGUACGCGUCGAGGUAAUUUGGAAACUAUCCCUUCAUUUAACUCAGGGGAGGUAAAACCAAAAUAAAUCAAAAUCUCAUGGACUUAUUCAUGCCAUUAUCUCGAUCUUCCUCAACGUGACACUUGCAUGAAUGAUAGGAGCCAUCCUAUAUCAUGAGGUUCCGAUUCUUGUUUAGGUAUAUCUAUGGAGUUGUAGAUGACAGAGUAGUGGAAAUAUUCCGUUUUAGCGACCAAACCAGGGUUAUGCAGUGGGCAGGUCACCUGACUCUGCCACUCUCGUAAGCCGAGGCAUCUGCGGUACUUCUUUCCGUAUACAAAUUACCAUAUAAAUGCAUGUAUUAUC